AUGAUCCAAGGCACGCCGGAAGACAUCAUCCAGCAGUCGAUAGACAGCAUCGAGAUCGAGCCUGAACUCCUCACGUUGGAACGAAUCGAAGACACCAUCCGUUCCACCAAACAACUCCGUGACGACAAGAUAGAAGCGUUGUUUGCGAAGAACACCCAGUUGCAACAGCUCGUAAACAACUACACCAACGAAAUUAACCUCUUGAACCGUAUCAGUGACUAUAACUACGAGAUAAUCCAAGGCUUGAGUGCGUUCAAAGACUAUAACGUCAGUGAAAUCAAUAAGGAUGAGAAUAUAUUCCGAGUGUUGAACAAGAAAUCCAUAGAGCUCGACAACUUGAAGGUCAGCAUAGCUAAAACGUUGAAUGACCUCGAGAGCUCACUCAGCUCGUUGAAGCUCUCCAAAAGCAGCUUAGGAAUCGAAUUGGACGAGAUUAAGGAGAAAGUCGUUAGUUUGUUCAACAACCCGUUUGAGAGAAGAGAAAAUGACGACUUGUUGGACCAAGACUCGCAUAUCCUAAAGAUCAAUUUGUACAGAAAUUUGGGGGUGAGAAUCGAGAACUUCGAUACUCAGGAGAACGAGAACGAUAGGGUCUUGGUGUUCAACAAAGAAACUAACCUAACAAGUGUGUUGAAGGUGGAUGAUAAGUAUAGUGAUUUUUUCAUUUCAAAUUACAUCUGGGACACCAUCACCAGCUGA